UUUUCUCCCACCCACAUCACCGACCCACCCAACCCACUCACGUGUUGCGUGACGGAGAAAGGCUGCCAUAUAGAAAACGCAUUUGACAUACUUUCAAACUUCAAAGUCCUUUCCUUGCGUUUUCUAGAGAGAGGAACACACCCACAUUCGGAGAGAGAGAGAGAGAGCCGACCCCCUUUUCUCUCUUCUCACUGUAAUUCUGGGGUUCUGCCUUAUAAAUCGAUUUUGUAGAAAAUUUACCUAAAACCCUAGAAUUUUUGAGGAGGAAAAUGGGGGAUUAUAUAGGCAGAAGAGUCAACAAAGAAGUCAAAGGUGUUGGUACUGUCAAAUCCUACAAUUCUGGUACUGGGUCCUUUGAGAUCGUUUACGAUUCCGGCGAUUCUGAGGUUGUUGAAAUGUCCCAUCUCAUUUGCUUGUUCAAUGGAUCAUCAGAACUGCAACAGCCUAUUCCGAAUUCUGCGGUUGGUCGAAAACCCAAAAAAAGGCAGCGUACAGGUAAUAAUAAUGCUGCUGUUGAAAUGAAUUAUGAAAAUUGUAGUGGUAAUUUAAGUAAUGGAUUGAAUUUGGAUUUGAAUUAUGACGCUGCGGCGGUUAAUUUAACUGAUGAUGUUGAUAUUGAUGGGGAAGUUGACUUAAAUAAGAGUCAAGGGUUGAAUUUGGAUUUGAAUAAAGGUGUGGAUUUGAAUGUUGAGGAGUAUAUAGAGGGAAGUUUGAAUAGAAGCAAUGUGAUUGAUUUGAAUGUGGAUGCAAAUGGAGAUGUGGGUCAUAUCUUGGAGGAUGUAGAGAUAAAGAACUGUUUUGACUUGAAUUUAGGGUUAGAUGAAGUAAGUAAGAAUAUAGAUGUUGGUGGUGAAGAUGAGACGUCGAAGAAAAUGAUGACUUGCUGUUUUGGAGAAGGAGGCACCGUGGAGAAAGAGGGUAGUCGAGAUAAUACUGAGAGAAUUGAUGGGGGAGAUGAAGAGAAGGUCCCAGUGGAGACGUGUUUAAUUACGAAUGAGUCAGCAAAUGGCACUCUGCAGGAAGUUGAGGUUCAGUGGACAACACCCAAUAAGGAUAAUACUGGUGGGUUGGAAGUGCAAAAUGGUGUCUUGCAGAGCUUGACUAAGGGGAAAAGGGGUAGGAAGAAGAGGAAGCCCUUGGAUGCUGGCAAAGGUGUUACAGAGACGGUGCUGAGAAGAAGUGCUCGUAGAGCGAGAAUAGAUUCCUUUCCUGCCGAAGAUCAUGUUUCUUGUGCAGUAGUGUCUGAUGCAGCGAGUGAUCCACUGUUGUCUCCUGCAGUUAGUGUGGUUUCAGAGGAGAAAAUUGUUUUAUCAGGUCAUGAAGAGUCUGAAAAAUGUGAUGUUCUUCCGCCAAAGAUGGAUUUGCCUAUUUCUUCGAGUAGUUUAGAUUUAGAUGGUAUUCCUGUGCUUGAUGUCUUCUCUGUCUAUUCAUUUUUGAGAUCGUUCAGUACUUUAUUGUUCUUGAGCCCCUUUGACUUGGAAGACUUCGUGGCAUGCAUAAAGGCAAAUUAUCCUACUUUAUUGUUUGACUCCGUUCAUUUCUCUCUUUUGCAAAUACUGAGGAAGCAUUUGGAGUUUCUUUCAGUUGAAAGUUCUGAAUCUGCAUCCGGUUGUCUUAGGUCUCUUAACUGGGAUUUGCUGGACCUAAUCACAUGGCCUGUCUUUAUGGUUGAAUAUCUACUACUACAUGGAUCUGAACUGAAGCCAAGUUUUGAUCUCUCUCACUUUAAACUAUUCGAGAGGGAUUACUACAACCAUCCAGCUUAUUUGAAGAUUGAAAUGCUUAGGUGUCUUUGUGAUGAUGUGAUUGAAGUAGAGGCCAUACAGUCAGAGCUUAACAGAAGAAUUGUGACGGCAGAGAUCACGGAUUUUGAUCGGAAUUUGAAAUCUGGCAGUUCCAAGAAGAGGAGGGCUUCCAUGAAUGUUGCUGCUGGUUCAUGCUUGGGUGAGGAGGCAGUCGAUGAAUCAACAGACUGGAAUAGUGAUGAAUGCUGCCUCUGCAAAAUGGAUGGUAGCUUAAUAUGCUGUGAUGGCUGCCCUGCUGCAUUUCAUUCCAAGUGUGUUGGUGUUGCUAAUAGUCACUUGCCUGAGGGGGAUUGGUAUUGCCCUGAAUGUCUGAUUGUCAAAAAGAAGCCCUGGUUGAAUUUGGCAAAAUCAAUUCGAGGGGCAGAGUUGUUGGCAACUGAUCCGUACGGCCGGCUAUACUAUAGUUGCUGUGAUUACCUAUUGGUGUCAGAUCCACGCGAAGACGAAUUCUCACCUAAGUAUUACCAUAGAAAUGAUUUGGCUCUGGUUAUUGGGAUGAUGAAAUCAUCAGAAAAUGUUUAUGGAACUGUGUUAAGUGCAAUUAUGAAGCUUCCGGAUACAAGUAUGGCUGCAGGUGCAAAAUGUGAUCUGGAUACCCGGCUGAAAACUAUGUCCUCAAAUUUUCCGGUAUUGAUUAUGUCACAACAUGAAGAGAAGGUAAAUGAAAGAAAGCAAGUGGAAAAACUCUCAUCAUGUUCUGAUGAUGUAGGAUAUGGCGAAUCAGAGACAGUUGACCCAUCAAUGAAGAUGGGAAAUAUGCUGCCAGGGUCUGAAGGAUCAGCUGAAAUAUCCCAGGAUGUUGUAGACAAUCAAAGGUACAAGGAGGGUGGAACGUUUGAAGAUUCUAAUCUUACAGCAAAAAUUAUGGAGACUAGAAGUCCUUUUAAGGAAAGAAAAGGCAAUGAAUCUGUGAACUUGGGGCCGUCAACAAUGAACAGCAAAGGAAUCAUGUUGGAAGAGCAGAGUGUAGAAAGUUAUGCGAAUUGUUAUAGCUUUGCUCGAAUGGCAUCAUCAAUUGUUGAAGAGUUAACAAAAAAAUCACCUGGUAAAUCUGGUAAAGAUGCUACAAAAACAAUGGAGGAAAUAAUUUCAGUGCAGCUGAAGGCCAUAUCUAGCAAAUCUAUAGAAUUUUCCUGGACCAAUAUUCAGAAUAUGAAGAUUGAUGCUAGGAAAGAAAAAUGUGGGUGGUGCUUCUCUUGCAAAGUUCCGGAGUGCGAAAAGGACUGCUUGUUCGUCCAGAAUAGCACCGGUCCUGCUCCAGAAAGUUUUUCUAGUGAUGCAUUGGGUGUUCGUUCUAUGAAAAACAGGAAAAGCCAUCUUGUUAAUGUCCUUUGCUAUAUAUUGAGCACUGAAGAACGUCUUCAUGGGCUUCUGUCAGGUCCUUGGUUGAAUCCACACCACUCCCAAAGUUGGCGCAAAGAUGUUCUUAACGCACAGGAGAUAGCUACACUAAGAGGUUCUUUGCUUGCAUUAGAGUCGAACUUGCGGUCUCUAGCACUUAACCCUGAUUGGCUUAAGCAUGUGGAUUCUUUAGCCAAAAUGGGUUCUGGGCAUCAUAUCAUUAUCAAUUCACCACGUGUUAGACAUGGAAUUGGCAAAAAGAAGGCUAGGCAUUUGGAGCCGGAACUGAAUCCAUCUUCCAAUGCUGGAAGUGGGUUGGGCAUGUUUUGGUGGAGGGGAGGAAGGCUAUCUCGUCAGCUAUUCAACUGGAAGGUUUUGCCUCAAUCAUUGGCGCGCAAAGCUGCCCGACAAGGUGGAUGUAAGAAGAUACCAGACAUGUUAUAUCCCGAUAGUUCAGACUUUGCCAAGAGAAGUAAGUGCAUAGCUUGGAGGGCUGCUGUUGAAACUUCAAGAACUGUGGAGCAACUUGCUCUCCAGGUUAGAGAUCUUGAUGCUCAUAUUAGAUGGAAUGAUAUUGGAAACACCAAUAUCCUUGCAAUUAUCGACAAGGAAUUUCAAAAAGCUGUUAGAUCAUUCAAGAAAGUUACAGUACGCAGGAAAAGCUUGGAAGGAUCUGUAGUUAAGUAUCUUCUUGAUUUUGGUAAAAGAAGAUUCUUACCAGACAUUGUUGUUCGAUGUGGAACCAUACCAGAAGAGGACUCAAAUGAAAGAAAGAGAUAUUGGUUAGAAGAAUCUCACAUGCCUUUGCAUCUUGUGAAAGGAUUUGAGGAGAAAAGAAUUGCUCGCAUAUCUAGCAAGAUAACUGUUGGGAAGCAUUGUGAGACCAAGAGAAUAAUGAAAAAACCUCUUAAGGGAAAGGGCUUCGCAUACCUUUUCCUUAGAGCAGAGAAACCAGAGUAUUAUCAGUGUGGGCAUUGUAACAAAGAUGUCCUAAUUAGGGAAGCUGUGAGCUGUCAGUACUGCAAAGGUUUCUUCCAUAAACGACAUGUUAGAAAGUCAACUGGAGUUGUCGCUGCUGAGUUUAUGUAUACAUGUCACAAGUGUGCGGAUGAGAAUAAUGUGAGAAAGAAUGUCAAGAGGGGGAGGAUAGAGUUGCGCAAGAGUAAGAAAACGUCUAAAGCCUUGAGGUCGCUGAGCUCAAAGGUUGAAUCUAGAGGCACCAAAAAUAAACAGCCAGCACAAUCACAGAGUAGCAAAAAGGAGCCUGUUGUUAUACCCCUCAGACGUUCUUCUAGGAGGGCUAAAGUUGUAAUUGUGCAAAACAAAAAAAUAGGACGCAAAAAAGGUAAACAAACAAAAAGGGGUAGGGGUAGACCUAGGAAACAAGCAAAAGUUGACAUAUCAGAGAAGAAGAAACCAGCAGAAGUUGCUUGGCGGAGGAAGAGAAUGCAGUUAUGCCGGAUUUACUGGCUAAAUGGUCUAUUGCUCUCACAAAAGCCGAAUGAUGAAAGGGUGACACUCUUCAGGAGUAAUAAGCUUCUUGUUCAUUCUGGAGAGUUGGCUGCCAUAGCUGACCAGCCAAAGUGCAGUCUUUGUGGUGAACUAGAAUAUACACCUACUUCAAAUUACAUUGCAUGCGAAGUUUGUGGAGACUGGUUCCAUGGAGAUGCUUUCGGUCUCACAGCUGAAAGAGUUACUAAGCUAAUCGGAUUCAAGUGCCACAAAUGUCGGCAAAGGACCCCUCCUCCUUGUGCUCAUUUGCAUACAAUGCAUAGCAAGGGUAAGCAGGUCAUGUUGGAGAGUACGGUGUGUAAAUCUGCAGAUGAAACAUGUGACAUUGAAUCUACCUCAAGCAAGGGACCACUAGAACAGAAAUCUCAUUUGAAUGAUAAAUCAGGAUCUUGUUUUACUGGUGAUAGUGGUGAAAGGUGUCCACAAGGGACUCUUCCUGAUUCAUGCCAUGCGGAGAAUGGAAGUUUGCCUAUUUUUAGUUCAGAGCAGAGAGAAACUGUUGAUAGCUUUAAUAAGAUGGAUAUUGUACUUCCAGAUGAACCAGUCUUAUCGAAUGACUAUGUUAAUCAUAACAAGGAGGAGCAUCAGAGAGCGUCGAAUGAGCUGUUGACAUCUAAUGACAGCUCUUUGCUGAAUGAUCAUGCCAUAGAGGUGAAUCUGAGGGAAGACAUGGAAUAAACACCACCAUUGUGACAGGAUGUACAUUUUCCAAGUGUGCAAUGGAUCUUACAGAAAUAGGAUUACCUUCAUUAACAAAUGAUCAAAAGAGGAAUGGUGAAGCAACAGUCCUUCCAUAUUUGUAGGAGAUAGAGCUAUUGUUAACGGAUCUGAAUUGUCCGCAGAGGAAAUUUUAGUUUCAGAUCAAUUUGUAGGUGUUUUGAGGGGAAAUUAGGUUAGUGUUGAUUGUGUCAGUUAAUCAACAUGAUUUAGGGGACUGUAACCUUUGGUUAGCUUAAUUAUAGGAAUAGAAUAUUUAUUUUUAUUGUACUUGAUUGUCUUACCUUGAUUAGUUAGAAUUCACUGUAUAAAUACCCUUUGCAUGGGAUGUAAAGACUGAAAUACAAAGAUUCUUUUUCUUUAUCAAAAUCUAUAUGGUAUCCGUUGAUUUGUGAA